AUGCCAAACAACGACAUUUUCGACAACCUAAAGGAGCAAAUCACCCAAAUUUCGAAACAGGCAGUAUGUUGCACACUGUUCUCACCAAUUUUUGUGUAUUAUUUUUCAGAUGAUCGCGCACGAUAACGCUUCCACCGAGGUUUUGGACUAUUAUGCCGGAAACCUUCAUCUCUGCGCUCAGUCGUUCCUCGACAACUUCUCGCGUGUUCAUCAGUGGUUUCAGGUGAGCAAAGGAAAAGUAGACGAUUGUAUCACAGUUUUGUUUCAGGCCGCUCGUGAAUUUGUGAAAACUGUCGAUCAGAAAUUUCCGGGUGUUCGAGAGUUUGCCAUUGCGUAUCAGAACAAGGAGGAAGAUGACGAAGAGGAUGAGCCGGACGAGUUGCUGGGAAACGAACGGAAUGGGAAUGCGGAUUCUGGUUCUGACCACGAAAAUGAUGAUGAUGUUGAGGAUGAGGAUGAGGGUACAACUACAAAUGAGCACGAGAGAAUAUUGAAGAGAGAAAAUAGUGAUGAUGACGAAGAAUUGGAAGAUGAUGAUGAUUUUGAUCGGCUCGCCUCUUUUUUCUUGUGA